AUGGCUGCAAACCGACGGAGUAGUAGUCCAUUGAAGUUUGACAAGAACAGCAGUGUAUUUGGACACAAUUCUACAAGCAAGGAUACAGCUUUUGUGGGAGAAGAAGGAGCUCUAACUCGCAUGAAUACCACAGCAUAUUACCAUCGUACAAUCGAGCAGCGAGAAGCGAAGACAUUCCAGCACACCACCCAUGACAGUGAUCUGUAUCCUCGACAAUCGUAUCGAAAGAGCUAUGAGAACUUGCACGUGUUUCUGAUUUCUCUUCUUGUCUUUGUGGAAGCGAACUCUACCGCACUCGAAAGGGCAAACAGUCAUACGAGUGAUGACGCCGAGGUUGCUGUCGGUAUCAGUGGUGACAAUUAUGCCGAUGAUGAAGGACAAGAUCAGCCAACCCGGCUCCGACUGCGCCUUCUUCUAUUCAUGGCUGUUAGCCAAUCUUUUCUCAUGCCGCUACUGUUUUUUCUCUACGGCCGAUUCGACCAGCAAGGAGCUUCGCAACUGGGGACCCUUCACCGUCAGCAGCAACUCUUACUUCAGUGGCUGCAAGUUGCUGGCAGAGGAUCAUCGAGUCACGGUGCACCAGUUUACCAACCGCCGAUAGCUUGCAGUCCGAUAGUCUUGUUCCCACUGCUUCUCUCAGCGUUUGAACUCACAGUCUCAACUGUUGUUGAAAUGCUCGGUCCGGCAAGAGCGGCUGUUUUCCUUGAACAGUUGCAGAGCGAGCAAGGACGAGUCGUCCAUGUGUACUGGAUGGUACUGGUCCAGAUGGACAUUGCCGUUGGCGCAUUAUUCCCGGUAAACAUUCUCUCGGUGUCACCAUUUCGAUUGACAGACAUUCCACAAUACUUUCUCGCCUAUAUCUGGGGUCAACUCUCCCAUGUGACCGGGAAAGUUCACAUUCUAGCUGUCGUUCCGCCCAUUACUAUGCCAGCUGCCUGUCUAGCACUUUUAGUCUUCUUCAGCAACGUCGCCCUCCUAGAUCUUCUUGUGAUGGCCAUUCCUGGACUUUCAAAGCACGCUGUGUUGACUUCAAGUAUUUGCACCGCAUUUACUAGAUUGGGAGGCGGAUUCAGUCAAUAUGCCAUCAUGUACAGGUUUUGGAAGCAACUCAGCUUCGCUAGUAUUGGCCCUGCGUUUUUAGAAACUUUUGGUCAGACUGCCAGUCAAGAUUGCUGGGUCACUAUUCCUGGCAUUGGAAGAAGACAGCUGAAGCGAUACGCAUUCAUCACCUUGCUGGUAUACCUUCCGGUUAUCAGAGUUCUUCAGAUUGGUGUCGACACGAUGUACGGAAAAGUUGCAGAGACAACUGGAGUAUUUCAAAUCCCUGGAUUUCGAGAAGGCCUGAUUGUCUCUGGUGUCUUGUAUGCAUGCCGAGGUAUUUUUGCUACUCUCACCACGUGGACAGUAAGUUUCUUGGUUGUGGAGUACAUACCAUUCGCAAGGAGGGUUCUCUUGUGA